UGUCGCAAGGUUCCUUGGUAAGACGAAGCUUGACAGGUGAAACUAAAAGAACUCCGUCUAUUUUCGACUACUUUACUUCUGAAUUAAAAGUUGUUACUUGGAAAUUUCGGCUUUUCUUAACUCAAUAUUCAACAUUCGUCUGUGAUCGUCAGGUAUUGAAAUAAGUUCACUUUAUACUUCCUUGGAUUAAAGGUGAAUAAAUUGAACACAAUAAUAAGAGGAAACAAUGGCGAAUCUCUGGUUAUUCAUAUUCAUUUCCUGCAUACUUCUGAAAGGAACAGAUUCGGAGAGGGAAGUUGUCAUUUGUUACAACUCAACUCUGGAAGACUCCUGGCUUAAAGGCUCGGUUGUUAAACGUAUGUUUGUUCUGGGCAAGAUGAUCGAUUGCCUGGUGAAAUGUGUGACUGAGCCAUGUUGCAGAUCAAUCAACUAUAAAAAACAUUCGAAAGACAACGAAACGAAUUGUGAAAUGUUGCACAGCGUGGUCGACGAAAUUACAUCACAGGAAGUGUUGGAGAAAAAUGCUUCUUACGAUCAUAUUUAUCUAAUUAAUACAACAACGAUAAACAAUAAAAGUUGUUUACAAGAUACUGACGAGUGUGCCCUGGAAAAGCCCAAAUGUCACUCAAACGCAACCUGCAUUAACACUAAUGGCUCCUACGAAUGUCACUGUCGCAGCGGAUUUACAGGAAAUGGGACAACAUGUUCAGAUAUUGACGAGUGUUCCCUUGGAACUUACGAAUGUCACUCAAACGCAACCUGCAAUAACACUAUUGGCUCCUACGAAUGUCACUGUCGCAGAGGAUUUGCAGGAAAUGGGACAACAUGUUCAGUUCACGAAUUCGAUUCGGACAUAUUGUCAGGUGAGGCUCCAGAAUUUACAAAACUAUUGGGAGAUUGGUUGCCACAGACCGGGAAUUGGAGUGUUUGCUGGAGAGCGACAUCAGACGAUAUGAAAAGCUAUAAUGUGGUAGAAUUUCAUAACCGUUGCGACCCGAAAGUUCCGACGCUGACGGUUGUAAAAGUUGAUAAAAAUGAAAAGCCUCUCGUAUUUGGUGGAUUUGCCAAUUCUGAGUGGACAGUAGCGAAAGGCCGUUCUGGGCCUGCUCCAGGUUCAUUUUUGUUUUCAUUUCGCAAUAACGAUGACCUCGCACCAUUUAAGUCGCCUUUGAAAAAUUCGAGUGACAAAAAUGCAAUACAGCGAAACAAAAAAUCUGCCGUUAAGUUUGGCACUGGUCCUGAUUUUUCAAUUGCGGACGAAACAAACUCCCAGAAAACUUAUGAGUGCUACGCUAAUCUUGGUUUUACCUAUCAGCCCCCUUCAGGAUAUUUCUUUGGAGAAAGCAAAACACAAUCGCUCCUUGCAGGGAGCCUUGUAUUUACCCCGGCCAAAGUUGAGGUAUUAUAUUUAAACUGAU